GCCCACACAAAGACCCAGGGAUAAGAGCAAGAUAGGGUGAGAAGACAGGCCUCUUAAGGCUUGAGGGGCAGCAUUCAAAGCCAGCUGGUCUGGCUUUGAAGGAACUUAAUGGGCAAAGUGAUGAGAACAGAAGAAGGAAGAGAAAGAAUCACUGAAGGAGAUAAAGGUGUAAUAAAGAAAGUUAAUACAAAGAAAGGUUUUCCAGCUGGACGGAAAGGUUGAGAUUGCACCAGCAGGUUCUUUGCACUCGUCGCUGCAACAUCAGAUUGUGGCGUGCCUUGGUGAACAGCAAAGACUGUACAGAGCGGACUCAAGGAAAGUACACAAGAAGAGAGACUGUUGCACAAUGUGCUAGAGGAGUGGGUGAAGAAAACGUGUUGUUGUGAUAAAGGAAAGGUGUCUGAGCGACAAGAAAAGACACAGCCAUGGGGCGGAAGAAGAUACAGAUCACUAGGAUCAUGGAUGAAAGGAACAGGCAGGUUACCUUCACAAAGAGGAAGUUUGGUUUGAUGAAAAAGGCCUACGAACUGAGUGUACUAUGCGACUGCGAGAUAGCCCUCAUCAUUUUCAACAGCUCUAACAAACUGUUCCAGUACGCCAGCACAGACAUGGACAAAGUGUUGCUGAAAUACACAGAGUACAACGAGCCUCAUGAGAGCAGAACCAACUCUGACAUUGUAGAGAAAUUGAGAAACAAAGGCCAUAAUGACUGUGCUAGUCCCGAUCCCGAUGACUGUUUCGGGCACAGCCCCCUCAUGGACGACCAUUUCGGCAAACUAGGCGAAGAGAGUGAUUUAAUGUACAAGCGCUGUGGUGCGCUAAACAAGAAAGAACACAGAGGUUGUGAUAGCCCGGACCCUGAUGCCUCAUAUGUCCUCACUCCUCACACAGAAGAAAAGUAUAAAAAAAUUAAUGAAGAGUUUGAUAAUAUGAUGAGAAAUCAUAAAAUCCCCGCAGCGUUGCCCCAGCAGAACUUCUCCAUGCACGUGGCCGUGCCGGUUUCCAAUCCAAACGCCAUGUACCAGGCGGGAGGGAACCCAGGCAGCCAAGCCCUCGCAGCAGCCACCGCCUCGCUGAGUGAGAGCGGGAUGCUGUCCCCCCCACAGACCUCCGUGCACCGGAACGCUGGAUCCGGUGGAGGAUCUCAAAGGCCGACCAGUGCCGGCGGUGCAGGUGGCAUGCUGGAUACCACAGACCUUUCAGUGCCAAGUGGCUCGGGCUCCAGCCCAGCGGGGAAUGGCUUUGUUAACUCCAGGGGCUCGCCGGGCCUCCUCAGCACGCCCAGCGGCAACGGCUUGGGUAAAGUCAUGCCCACCAAGUCUCCACCGCCCCCCGGAGGGAACAUGGGAAUGGGAAGCCGCAAGCCAGACCUUAGGGUUGUCAUCCCUCCAUCGAGCAAGGGGAUGAUGCCCCCGCUGUCGGAGUUGGAGGAAAUGGAUUUGCACACCCAGAGGAUCCACAGUUCCCAGUCCAGCCAGCCUCUUGCAACUCCUGUUGUGUCUGUUACCACCCCCAGCCUGCCCCCUCAGGGCCUGAUCUACUCAGGCAUGCCCACCUCCUACAACCCUGCUGAGUUCUCCAUGGGCGGCGCGGAGCUCUCCUCCCUACAGAGCUUCAGCUCUCAUGGGCUCUCGCUCGGCUCCAUGUCGGCAUGGCAGCAGCAUCAACUGGGCCAGGCAGCUCUUAAUUCUUUGGUUGGUGGAAGCCACCUACCUCAGGGCUCCAACCUCUCCAUCAGCACCAACCAGAGCAUAAACAUCAAGUCCGAGCCCAUCUCGCCCCCGCGGGAGCGAAUCACCCCCUCCGGUUUCCCCCCUCAGCAGCCGCAGCAAGGCUCCAGCCGACAGGAGGGCUUGGGACGGUCGCCCGCUGACAGCCUCAGCUCGUCGUGCAGCUCGUACGACGGCAGCGACCGCGAAGACCACCGGCCCGAUUUCCACUCCCCGCUGGGGCUCGGCAGGCCCCCCGCCGGCUCGGAGGACAGGGAGAACCCGUCGGUCAAGCGCUUGCGCAUGGACACGUGGGUGACAUAGAAAGCCCUCAUCCUGCCUUCAGCUACCAGAGAGAAGAAGGGUUAGUCAUGGGUAUGGAAGAAGGAAAAAAACAUUAUACUAUUAUUCAACUCACGUCAAUUUGUAAGGCUGAGGUGUAACGUUAUAUGUGGAGACUUAAGUAAAAGUAGAAAAAUGAAGAGUAGGUGGCUGGACUGAAUUAUGUGCACAAGCAGGUGGUACCAGGUACUUGGUGCAACUCGGAUCUGCAGAAGAGGUUAUGUUCAUGGAAAAAUUAUUAAACAAUAAGCAGUAGAAUAUUGUAGUCACUGGUCUAGAUUUACCUGUAGUCGCUAUUUUACUGUUGUGCUCGCAAGUUUGCAAACAAUCAGGCGGAAAUGUGUUGCUUUCAGGUUAGAGAGCGGUCAAUGCAAACGAUGUUCACUGCAAGGCCGGCGCUGUAACCACACACAACCUUUAUCUCAAGUGGCGUCUUCUGAUCGAUCGAUCCCUCCGACCAGUCGACACGCAGAGCAAUGAUUCAAAUAUAAAAACAGGUGAGACAAAAACGUAGGAAAGUAAAAAUUUAUCGCAAUAAUGGAUCAUUUUCUAAUUUAGGCGUGAGAUGAUUACAGUGAUGCAAGCGUGUCCAGUUGAGCUGGCGAGAAAGUCAACACGUUGAUAUAUGUGUCACAGUUCAUCAGUAACAUAAGCCAAAGUGUUAUUUUUUUUUUUUUUUGUUGUACAGUUUCUAUGAUUUCCUAACAGUUCAGUCAAAGGCACCCCGACUUUCAAGCGUUUUAUUUCUGUUGUGAUUUUUUUACGGCGUAAAAUCAACUGAAUCUUGAAUUGAUAUCUAAAGCCAUGAACAUUUUUUCUUUUUCUUUUUUACAAAUUUGAGCCAGACAUCAUCUUUCGUUGUGUAAAUAAGGACUUUAUUAUACAGAAGCCGGAUGCGAGUACACGCUUGAUGUACUGUAUAGUGACGACUUUCAAGAAAAGGUCUAUUUUUGUGGUUUACAGCCAAGUUCACAGGAGUGAACCCCUUCAGACGGAAACAACUGGUCAAUAGCUCCACUUUUUCUGUUUGAUCUUUUUUGGUCUCUUCUCAAUUGAAUCAUCAAGAUGUCGUGUUUUGGUUGCAGUUGGUUUUAUUUUGUCCUCGUUCGUGGUGAUUGUUUGUCUUGAACACAAGGUGACAACAAACACAGUGAGGUUGAAGAUCUUGGUGUAUUUUGGAGCAAACACCGACUCCUGUUUUCAUCGUCUCGGUUAUCGACCAAUGGGAUCCAAGCAGUAGUCACGUCAAAUGACUGGCCGCUUUUAGCACAUUCAGUCUAUGAUUUAAAUUAUUUUUUGAGCUUUUAAAUUAAUUAUUAUUCCAUAAAUUGCAUUACAGUUUAAAGUCUCACUCCGAUCAUCUUUUGGUCUGUUGUAAAAGCGUUUCUAGGACUCUUUUAAUUAUGAUUAUAAAGAAAAGAUGUCAAUUUUUAGUUCUGAAAAUUCACCUUUGAGUUGGCACAGAGCAGCCCCAUCCCCCUUCCCCAUCACCAACAGAGAAAGAGAAAGAAUGUGAACCCUUUGGGAGUACUUCAAUUUCUGUAUGAAAUGGACACAUAAUGUUUUUUUUAAUCAUAACGAUGGUGAAAAACCUAGCCUGAUUAAAGGGUAACCAAACAGGGAAGUGAGAGCCUGACUCCACCCACAGCCAAAAUGUGAAAAUCCAGUGAGAGGGGCGGGGCUUAGGAACAGGACUGUUAUCAUUACUGGAGCUGCAGAUCAUGACAUGGGACUUAAAUGGUUUGAUCAAUCACAAAAUUCAACUGUAAUACCCCCAUUCAGACUGUAGGGGGCGGCACACAGUCGGUUUUUGAAUUUAUUUUCAAGAAUUAAACAAGUCUAUUUUAAUUUGUCAAACAUUUGCUAACGGACAGCACUUUUAAAGCCCCAUUUAUGAAGGUUAACAGCCAAAAAAAGGUUGAUUUAGAGUUUGGUUACCCUUUAAAUCACACCAAUUUAUAUUUUCAUUUAAUUUUAAAAAAUUGUGUGUCCAAUUUCUGCAUAAAACCAAGUAAUUCCAAAGGGUUGAUUUUUUUUCCUGCAUCUGUACAUUAUUUUCUGCUAGAUUAUUACCAUAUUUUCUAUACAACAAAUACAAUCUUUUUCAAACUGUCUCUGCUGCUGAUGAAUAAAUAAAUACUUACUUUUAAUAAUUAUUUUCCUUUAAAUAUGUCCUCAGAAAAAAUGCCACAAGAACAUCUUUUCAUUGGUCUCUAAUGCUCUUUCAGUGAGAGUGUUUUACUUGUUCAUAACAAGCAUAAAGGUGAAAAAAAUUUAAUGAUAUUUUUUGGGCCCCAACACAGCACACUGACUUCAACCUCACUGCUGAGAGGCACACAUUUGUACAAAAAUAAAUAAAGUUUGCUGCACAAGAGAGAUAUCACCGUGCAUUUGCCAUGGCGCGCCUUGUGUCAUACUCCGUCCCAUCAUUAGUCCCAUACUCUAAAACCAUACAGAUCUAUGCAGCUGAAACCCCGAUUCACCAAUAGAGUCAUUGCAGGUUAUACUUAGUUUACAAUCCACCAAGAGUGUUAGACUGUUAACCGCCUAUUCUGAAGUGCCACUGAGUCUUUGGGAAGCCGCUUCAUGCUCAUGCAUUAGUAAGCAUGCAUAUUUGAACCAAAAGGAAAUUGAGUAAAGCUCAUUGUAAGUCCGUUUAACACAGCAGGGCAGCGUAGCAAUAAUAAAUCACUGCAACAAAAAUGUCCCUGCCUGUUUCGCAGCAUCACCUCAUGUAUUUUAGCACUUGAUAAACAUAUCAGGGAGUUUUGUAGUCACUCUAUUGAUAUGCACAAAUAGGAAAUGCCUUAUCCCUGCAGCAGUUUUUCAGACUCGACCAAAUCUGCCUCUUCUCCGGACGGACGCACACAGGAGGCCGCAUGGCGAAUGCACUGUGAUACGCGUGGCUCUUUCAGGUGUAUGUCGCGCGCAAGUGCUGAAUGUGAAAGGGGAGCUCUGCAGAGGACUGUCUUCACUUUGCUGUGCAAGAAUACACCGCUUCGCUUCAUGGCUUUUCUAAGCAGAACGUCGUGUUUGAUAAGUGUUUGUAGUUUAAUGCUCACUUUACUAAAGAAGCUGUUUUCGGUUUGAAGGCUCAGACCGUUUGGCGGCACAAGCUGGACUUUGUUGCCAACAAUGAAAUUAUUUGUUUCAAGAAGAAAAAAAAAAUUCUAAAUAGAUUUUAAGUUAAUCUGCAUUUUGUUUCCCUUUUUGGUUGUGUUAUUUUAUUUUCAGCAUACAAUAAAUGUUCAAGUGAACUUUUUAUGAAACGAUGAAGAUACUAUGCUAGACGUCAUUGUACAAAAUUUGUAUUCUACACAAAACUGCAAAUAUUGGCUUUUAAUGUGUAAUCUUAGUUCAUGUCUUUCAUUCUGUUAAAACUGAACUCUUUCAUAGAAUUUGUUCUCCUGUGAAGUCACGAACAGUAGAAACUGUCAACUUUAUUAAACACCUCAGUGUAUGCGCCGUCUGA